AAGUGAUGAAUAACAGUACUGCAAAAUACGCAGCCACAGCUGAUUGUGCAUUUAAAAGUAAACAAAACCAAUAAAUUACUUUUUUCGUUGGCUUUAUAAUGCUGCUGCAACGCGCCUGGUUGCCACAUUUAAACAACCACCUGCGCCAAUACGCAAAGCAGUCCCGUGCCCACACGAAACCAGUCAUGGCCGUGAGCAAGCGGAUGGUCCAUCAGGAGAUCCUGCAUUAUGUAAAUCCCUUUGCCAGGAUCAAUGUAAAGUCCGAUGUUUUCCUGCGCAUCCAGCCCGCGGAUGUGCAUCAGUACACCAGCGGGGAUGUGUUCAUCGCCCAACUGGUUGGCGGUCAAGUCAAGAACUCGAAUGUCUCUCUUGAUGUGAAGGUGGCCGAUGAGGACAAGGUGGUCAAUGUGGUGGUUAAAAAACUGACGGAGCAGGCUUCACAGUUUGAGUGCCAUCUGCAUAUUCCUGUGCGUUCCGAUGUCUCUGUGGACGCAAAAGGUAGUGUGCGGGUGGAAGGAGUACAGAGUGAGCUCCUCCAAGUCAAAGCAAAGGAAGGCAUCCUUACCAAAAAUAUCAAGGCCACCCAUAUAAACUUGUACAGUGAAAAUGGCAACAUCAAUUGCAUGGGCACACUGCUGGGCAAGGUUACCCAAAUAGAGUCACACAAUGGGAAUAUUUCGAUGGAUAAGUUGCAAGGAGACAGCUUGAAUUGUUCCACCAAAGCUGGCAGCAUUGUAACUGACUGUUGUUAUGUGGAAAACUCAAAGUUUCAGACGCAGACUGGGCGCCUGGAGCUCAAGAAUGUCCACAAGAGCAGCCAAGUGCACGUCCAUCAGUCGGCGGAACUCAAUAUGACUGGAGUACAUGGCAAUCUUCAAAUAACCACCAAAGGAGGCAGCCUAAAUGUCCAACUAUCUGAGCUAGUGGGGAGCAACAAAAUCGACGCUGAGAACUUGUUAGAAGAGGCUAUUAUACACAUAUCCCAAGCCAUAGAGCAGGAUCUUCACAUCGAGGUAACAGCUCCUGAAGUGAAAUUGGAAACAGAACUGAAGCAUGUAGCCCAUGCUCUAAACGAGAGCAAAAACAAAUUCGUGCUAAGCAAUCCAAAUACAAAUCGUCUGGAAGUAAGCAGCACAGGCACCAAGGGCGUGCGCCUGGGAAAACAGUCAUGGAGCGAUAUGAUGCGCAAUAAGUUGCAGGCCAUUGGUACCGAUUUACCUUAGCUGAAGACAGAGACUAACUAAGUUAAGAAUAUAUUGUGCUGCAAGCUACAAUCUCA